AUGGAUUUUGAGGCAAAAUUUAGGGAAAAGUUUUCUCCUCAUCCCUCAUUAUUCUUACCUCAAAAUAAUCACUCAAACCCAAGAGAUGAUCAAUUCUCCUUAGAGGGUGCUUUGUUAUCAAAGGGUGGUACCAAUUUCCUCCAAGGUCUUCACCCCCUUUUUGAUCUCAACUUUGAUCUCCAUGAUGGAUCAUCCUCAACCCCAAAUACCUUUUAUCCCAUUCAUCAACCAAAUUGUUUGGAACCCUAUGAUAAUUCUCCAUUUGAUUGUGUUCCAAAUUUUGAUUUCUAUGAGACUAAACCCUUAGUGAAUCAUGCAACAAAUAAUGUUGCAUUGGUUCCUCUCAUAGAUAACCUCAAUCAAAAUGAAGGGGGAAUUGGUGUCUUAGGGCAUUCUCCUAUUAUCACCCCCAUGAACAUGAUAAGCCCUAAUGCUCAAGGCUUUAACCCUUUUUGUUACUAUGAUUAUUUAGGGCCAACAAAUUACCGGCCUUCGGAUGAAGACUCAUGCACAACUCCGGUGACCACAACCACCUUGGUUUCGGACCGCCUCUCUACGACAACCGUGGUGAGAAAGGGAGGAAAGGGGCGCAAAAAGAAGUCUACUCCAGUCAAGGGCCAAUGGACUAAGGCUGAGGAUAACCUCUUGACUGAUUUGGUGGACCGCUAUGGCGUAAGGAAAUGGUCUCAGAUUGCUCAAUUGCUCAAUGGGAGAGUAGGAAAACAAUGUAGAGAGAGAUGGCAUAAUCAUUUAAAACCAAAUAUUAAGAAAGACGAUUGGACUGAAGAGGAAGAUAGGAUCCUGAUCAAUGCCCAUGUAGAGAUAGGCAACAAAUGGGCUGAAAUUGCAAAGCUGCUACCAGGAAGGACCGAAAACUCGAUCAAAAACCAUUGGAAUGCAACCAAAAGAAAGCAAUUUUCCAAGAGAAAAUGCAAGUCCAAGAACCCAAAGCAGAGUUAUCUGUUGCAAGAAUACAUCCAAGGCUUAACUCUUGAGAAAAUCAAUGCUGGUUGUAGGAAGAGGCCACUUUCUUAUGCCAAUCCUCCUACUGCUGCCUUGGAAACUAAUACUGAAUCACCAACUGAGCAUCCAACUGGCGGGUCCUCGAAUUCGAGCUUGGGUGAGCUGGUGCAGCCAGAGUAUGACUUCAGUGAAGUUCCUGACUUCAACUUUGAUGCUCAGAUGUUUGAGGAGAGUAGCAUUGACUCCCUGCUUGACUAUGCACCACCUGGCGACAACCGCGGCAGUGUUGGACAUGGCUUAGCUGAGAUUGUGGAUGAAUCUGAGGGUCAUUUGGUUGCAAAUAUGAUGCAAAAUGGGGUGAAGAUGGAGUUCGAUUUGGUGGAGAUGAUUAAUCAUGUUAGUCUCUAA